GCGUCUGGCCACAAUAGGCCUUCCCGGUUCCCGCAUUUUCUCAACCGCGGUCUGGCAACAACAAAGCAGAGCGCCGCGUGCACACACAUUUUCGGCGGGAAGUGGUGUGUUCCUUGGUUCCUUGCAUUACCGCGCACAAUGAGAGAAACAAAACAAGCUUCUCUAACAGCGUACUACAGUGCGAGAAAGGCAACCUUCACACCUGGCGUGAAGCACAAAGGUAAAGAGACAACUCAACUUCUCGAAAAGCAGAUUUUACGAACUCCGAAGUCUGACAAAGUCUCGCGGUCGUCCUCCUCCGAAUGUCAACCUGUUCCUUCAAAGCGACGUCGCUUGUCCAGUGCCUAUCGAAGUCCAUGCAAGACACCAGCUCAAGGUGUACGGGAUGCAGCGAACCGUGAUGCCCAGCAGUUAUCUGCGCGCAAACGGCUUUAUCCUCAAGAUGGUGAGGUGUCAAAUAAUAAAGCGGCGAAAAUUGAACGUACAACAAAAGGAGCCGACGUUUCAACUGGUGCGGCGUCUUCUGGACAAGGUACGAGCUCAGAGAGAGCUGACAAGCUGGAGAACGCGCUUAAGUUUGACAAAGUGGAUAUGCUGCAAAAACUGAAAGCUUCGGGCAAGCUAGGAGACCUGAAAGAAAAGCUUGACAUCAUUCAGAAAACGCAAAAUCAGCUCGCUGAGCUCAGGCUUAAGAAAGAACAGAGAAAGCCGUCAACAGAGUCACCAGCAUUUGUGAAGUACGAUCAUCUUACAGAAUCUGGUCCGCCAAGUUUGACUCUCCCCUACAGUUACAAGGUGUUGAACGAAACUUUCCGCUGCUGCGAUACUGUUGUCAGCAUGCUCUUCAACCGUAAGGAGAUUUGCACAUUUGAAAAGCUGAAGCAGUCUGUGGAAGAGAUGCAGAAAAAGCGCUUCGGCGAAAAACAGCUCGGUCAAAUCAAGAGGGUAUAUCCAAACUCUUACGAGUUUGCAUGGGAGAAAGUGAACACGCGAGGAAGCGGAUCAAACUGCCUCAAGCUAGUCAUCACACCACUGUUCUACAAUGCCACAAAGCGUCCAGAAACGCUCUCUGCCGUGGAACUGCUUAAACGACGCAAGGUAUUCAACUGCCAGCUGCUUGCCAUCGUGAAACGUCAUCACGAUAGCUUUCUGUCCAAGCUGGACCCUCCGAUGGCUGUUCCUUCAGAGUUGCUGACACGCUGGCAUCCAAAGUUUCCGUUGGAGACCAUUCCGGAGAUUGAGCCUGCAGCCCUUCCGCGCUCUCCACAGCAGACAACCUGUUCGUCCGCGAAGGACGUUCUAGACAGGUUCAAAGGGAAAAUGAACGAACGGAUCGAGAAAGCUCUCGAAAGCAUAGUCCAGUCACGAACGGACCCAACACCUGUAGCAGAACCAACGCCCUCUGCGCUGAAAGGAGUUUCUGCUGACUUAUUAGAACGCAUCCGGCAGCGCGAGACUCUGAAGCUGGUGAAGGAAAUGACAAUGAAGCCAGAGACCGAAAGAGAGCGUGCACAGCUGUCUCACCUGCCGGAGUUUAUUCGAAUCGUGAGAUCUCUGUUCCUCGCGGAACAGAAGGCAGCCCUCCCUAGGGACGAGCUGCUGAGGAAGGUCCGCGACAGCUACUCUACACUGAUGUCCGAGAGGGAGGUCGAGGCGUUGGCGGAGCAGGCGUCCAAGGUCCUUCCCGACUGGUUCAAAGUGUUGGCAAUCAAACGGGGUGUCUUUGUAAAGAUUGCCAAGGACAAGGAUGUCAGUGAUCUAGUUUCCAGGGUAAAGAAUAAGUUGAAUGAGUAGCGAUUUUUAUAGGUGGAUGUUUUUAACUGUUUUUAUAUGCCUUUUAGUGAGAACAGUCGAAACUUGUGCUCGAUGCAGUGCUUUUAAAAUACCUCACCGUUAUUUGUGAACUUUUCUCGCUGUCAUAUGUUGUACAUCAGCUUGUAAGGGAAGCGUCACCACCAUUUCUCAUUGUCUAAUAGGUUAAAAGUGCUGCAGGAUUUUCUUAAAUAGUGAUACCAGGAGACAUACGAUGCCUGCGUUUGAAUGAAAAUGUGCAUUUUAUAUGAUACGAGUUUGAUGCCAACUCCACGAGGGUUGCCUUAAAAUUGGUAUACCUGUAACACAUUACAGACAAUAAAAUAUUAAGCCUUUUUAUAAAAAAA